CGGUCAGGCCAAGCUAAGCUGAUUAAUACAAACUUGUUUGCAGUUCAUUUUUUCAAGUACAAUCCCUUCCAUUCCUAGCUUCCUCACUAGCUAGUAGCUUCCUUCGUUUAUCUCAAUACCUUCUUCCUCAAGUAUUGAACUUCCAAUAGUUAUGGAGUUUCAGUUCGAGCAGCAGAAGCAGAUUUCAUUUCCAGCAGCGGCUCAAGCACAUAGGGCUUCAGGCAUUCCAAUAAGCAGGAAAGGUAAUAAGUUGAAGGGAGGUAGAAAUAGAAGCAACGAAAUUAACAAGUUUGUUGGGGUGAGACAAAGACCUUCGGGGAGAUGGGUAGCUGAGAUCAAAGAUACAACACAACAGAUAAGAAUGUGGCUUGGCACAUUUGAAACUGCUGAAGAGGCUGCUCGAGCUUAUGAUGAAGCUGCUUGCCUUCUUCGAGGGAACAACACUCGAACCAACUUCAUCACAAACGUGUCUUUGGACUCCCCUCUUGCUUCUCGAAUCCAAAACCUUCUCAACACCAGGAAAUCAGGAUCCGGUUGUAAACAAGAAAUCCAAAUGACCAGUAGUGCUACUUCUAGUACUGCCUCUCAUCCCCCCACAGCUAAAAGUACUAGUAGCCCUAGUACUAGUACUGCUACUUCCACCAGCAAGAGUUGUCUUUCUAGUGAGGUAUCGAAUCAAGAGUCGUCUCAUCUUAAAUUUUCUGAUGAUGUAUACAAACCAGACUUGAGUCACUGCAAUCAGCACCCUUUUGAUCAGUUGAGUACUAGUAAUACUACUUCUUCUUCCUCUUAUCAAUCCGAUGUUUCUUGGGUUGAUGGAUUCUCAUUCGCUCAACAAAUGUUUGUGACACCAAAAAAUGAAGCUGCUUUGUCGACUGGUUUAACUUCAGCUGAUGAAGGUGGUGAUUCGGAUGAGUUGUUAGAAUUCGAAAGGAUGAAAGUCGAAAGACAGAUAUCAGCUUCAUUGUAUGCUAUGAAUGGUGUUCAAGAGUAUAUGGACACAGUUCAUGAUGCGAAUGAAGCUCUUUGGGAUCUUCAACCAUUCUGUGCUUUGUGAUCCUACUGUUCCAUGCAUGCUAUUAUCGACAUUAAUCUUCAUAUUUCCUUUCUUUCGUUGAUUCUGAUCACUUUAAUUUUGUCUUCUCUUUUUCCCAUUCACUUCAAACUCUUGAGAAAAAAGAGUUUAUGAUUUAGACCGGAUAACAAUAACAGAAAGAGAAUUAUAAGUUACAGAUGGAUGGAGAUUGAGUACUAUUAUAUUUGUAUAACUUAUUCGCUGAUUAAGAUCGAUGUUCUGAAAAAAAAAACAUACUUGAAGUUACCUAAUGGAUGUUUCU